CCGCCGACCUUCCAGCUGCAGCUAUCGACUGUCGAAGCCGACCCUCCACGAGUCAAACAGAUUGGAAACGAUAAUAAACCGAUCUCCCGAGAUAAGAAUGGCGCUUUGGUCAAACAUGAAGGCGUGAGUGAACACUCUGCUGACUUCAUUGUAUCCAUGACGGAGAAAAGUGCAUUUAUGAUUUUUAUGAUCGAUCUGUUGAAUGCCAAUAGGCACUUGCGGCUGGCCGGCGGAAUUGGAAAGGAGCAGGUAGCACUCAACAUCAGAGGUGUAACAACCAGCGAACCCAUUCAACGUUGGAGUCAUUUAUUGUUUAUCUCCGCUCUAGUUUCAGUUUCCUCUCGCGACUUGCUUGUUUGUAUCUGA